GGUGUUGGUCGGCCAAGUGUAUACCAUGCGGUGGUGGUCAUAUUUCUAGAAUUCUUUGCCUGGGGGCUCUUGACAACUCCAAUGCUAACAGUCUUACAUGAAACAUUUUCCCAUCAUACAUUUUUAAUGAAUGGUCUUAUUCAAGGUGUUAAGGGUUUUUUGUCCUUUCUCAGUGCUCCACUAAUAGGUGCCCUAUCAGAUGCAUGGGGAAGAAAAUCUUUUCUUCUUCUUACAGUUUUCUUCACCUGUGCCCCGAUUCCGUUAAUGAGGAUAAGUCCAUGGUGGUACUUCGCUAUGAUUUCGGUAUCUGGAAUCUUUUCUGUUACGUUUUCUGUAAUAUUUGCCUAUGUAGCUGAUGUAACACAAGAACAUGAAAGAAUUACAGCCUAUGGACUGGUAUCUGCCACCUUUGCAGCAAGUUUGGUUACUAGUCCUGCCAUUGGAGCGUACCUUUCUGCCAGCUAUGGAGAUAACCUUGUCGUACUGGUGGCCACAUUGGUGGCUGUUGUGGACAUCUGCUUCAUCCUGCUAGCUGUACCAGAAUCUCUGCCAGAAAAAAUGAGGCCUACUUCAUGGGGAGCUUCUAUAUCAUGGGAACAAGCAGAUCCUUUUGCAUCUCUGAAGAAGGUUAGAAAAGAUUCUACUGUUCUCCCGAUCUGCAUUACAGUGUUUCUCUCCUAUCUGCCUGAGGCUGGCCAGUAUUCUAGCUUUUUUCUGUACUUGCGACAGAUUAUAGGUUUUGGAUCUGCUAGCAUCGCGGCAUUUAUAGCUGUGGUAGGCAUUCUGUCUAUAGUAGCUCAGACUGUGUUUCUCAGUAUCUUGAUGAGGUCAAUAGGGAACAAAAAUACAGUUCUCCUUGGCCUUGGAUUUCAAAUCCUUCAGUUGGCUUGGUAUGGUUUUGGAUCUCAGUCUUGGAUGAUGUGGGCAGCAGGAGCUGUAGCAGCAAUGUCAAGCAUUACAUUCCCAGCAAUCAGUGCUCUGGUUUCACGAAAUGCAGAGUCAGAUCAACAAGGUGUUGUCCAAGGAAUAAUAACUGGAAUAAGAGGUCUGUGCAAUGGCCUGGGACCAGCACUGUAUGGCUUUAUUUUCUUUCUCUUUCAUGUGGAGCUCAAUGAGUUGCCACCUGAUCAGACUUCUGGAAACAAAGCAAUGCAAGAUCCCAGUGAUGAGAGAGCAAUCAUUCCUGGUCCACCCUUCCUGGUUGGAGCAUGCAUUGUUCUUCUGGCUUUUCUGGUCGCCUUAUUUAUUCCUGAGCACAGCAAAGCCAGCAGUACCAGAAAACACAGCAAUAGCAUCAGCAGUACUCUGAGUAACAACCUAGACCGAAGUAGCGAAGAGGACAUUGAACCAUUGCUGCAGGAUAGCAGUGUAUGA